UCAAGAACAUGAAACAAGAUCAGUAACUUACAGAUUGGUUGAUAUAAUUCUUAGCAGGAAAAGUAGCUAACGUUAGCUAGCUAAAUUAAUCUGUUUCUUUCUGACGCUUCAAUUUGAUUCGAAUUUCUUCAGACCCUGGUGACAGUGGAGGUAGCUGCUAGUUAACCAAAUAAGCAAGUUAACCACAGUAAAUGUAAACUGUGCCGUAAUCUAACACGUUCUGAUUGUUGUUUUUGUAUUUCAUAACGAUUGCUAGUCAGUUUAAAACAUACUCCGGUUAGCUAACUAUCGCAAAAGCAUGCUCGAGCGGCAGAGUCGAUAUCUGCGUUUAUAAACCCAGGGUCGUUACACUACUUACUCCCUCCUUUCAAAUAGCACGUCCUCGCGCUAGCGCUAAGUCUUACAGGAACGCGCUCACCGGCCAAGCACAUGCACUGUUGUGGAUGCAAGGUCCGAUCACUCCUGACACCAAAUGUAAUAAAACAGCAGGGAGCAGGUCUCGAACCCUCGACCUUCUAGACCGAAGUCCAGCGCGCUAACGGCAAUACGUGAUACCACCGCGACAGGAGCUGUAAGACAUGGCGUGUUUGGUUGCGGUUUGCAGGGACGGGGAAGAGGACUUCCCUUUCCUCGCAAGACAGAUUCCCCUGUACAUCGAUGACACUCUCACAAUGGUGAUGGAGUUUACUGACGAUGCCAUGAACCUUGACAGUCACCAGAUCAACAGCUCUGAGAUGAAGCAGUUUGUUGAGCAUCACAGCAUGCUGAAGCAGCAGGACCUGAACAACGCCAUGAUUGUGUCGUCCAGGGAGAUGUUCAGCGCCCUGUCCCAGCUGGUGCCGUGCGUGGGCUGCAGGAGGAGUGUGGAGCGCCUCUUUUCCCAGCUGGUGGAGUCUGGGAACCCGGCUCUGGAGCCCCUCACUGUGAAGCCCAUCGGCGUGCUCUCUGUCACUAAGGCCUGCGUGGUCAACGCAAAGAAGCUCUACACCCUCUUCUACGUCCACGGGUCAAAGUUGAAUGACAUGAUCGACGCCAUUCCAAAAAGCAAAAAGAAUAAACGCUGCCAGUUGCACUCCUUAGACACACACAAACCUAAGCCACUGGGAGGAGAAGGGAGCGUAGACAAAGGGCUAGGUUUAGAGAAAGACAAAGAUGGAAGAGCCAAGAGAGACCGCAGAUGUAACGUCGCUUUUCACUUUGGCCCUUUUCAGUCCCCCAGCAGGGGAAGCUGGAUGGAGGUGUGGGAGCGCAUGUCUCAGGAGUGCAGGGAUGAGGUCGUUCUUAUUGACAGUGCCUGCCUCCUGGAAACUCUGGAAACAUACUUGCGCAAACACAGGUUCUGUACUGACUGCAAGAACAAGUCAUUGAGAGCAUACAACAUCCUGGUAGGGGAGCUGGACUCCACUAAAGAGAAGGGCUACUGCGCUGCCUUGUACGAGGGUAUCCGCUGCUGCCCCCACGAGCGCCACGUCCAUGUCUGCUGCGAGACGGACUUCAUCGCCCACCUCCUGGGCCGGGCCGAGCCAGAGUUCACCGGAGGUUAUGAACGUAGAGAGCGGCACGCUAAGACCAUUGACAUUGCUCAAGAGGAAGUGCUGACCUGCCUGGGCAUCCACCUGUACGAGCGGCUGCACAGAAUCUGGCUGAAGCUGAGGGCAGAGGAGCAAACCUGGCAGAUGCUCUUCUACCUUGGCAUUGACGCUCUACGCAAAAGCUUUGAGAUGGCGGUGGAGAAGGUGCAAGGCAUCAGUCGUCUGGAGCAGCUGUGUGAAGAGCUGUCGGAGGAGGAGAGGGCCAAGGAGCUGAAGCAGGAGAAGAAGAGGCAGAAGAAGAAGAACAGACGAAAAAACAAGUGCGGCUUCAACAUGUCCGACGGCAAGGAGAAGAGUCUGGAUGAGGCUUCAUUAGAGUCUGUGGAGAGAAGAGGCUGCAAGGCCUGUGGAAGCCCAGAGGUGGAGGGUCAUGUCGGCUGUGUGGAGGUGGUCGUCACCAGCAACGAGAGCACUACUUCCUGCAGCUGUCCAGACGGCACCGUUCCCAAAGUCAAGAAAGGUUUGUCACUCCACAGCAAUGGGAGUGACUGUGGCUACUCUUCUAGCAUGGAAGGCAGCGAGACUGGCUCACGGGAGGGCUCUGACGUCGCCUGCACUGACGGAAUCUGCAACCAUGAGGAAGCAGGAGACUACUUGUGUGGUCACCGUCAUAAUCACUGUGAUGAAGACGAGGAGUACGGGGUAUACAGCUGUGUGGAGUGCUGGGCUAACUCUGAAGAAAACACGAAGGGCAAGAAAAAUAAUAAGAAAAGAAAGAACAAUGGCUCGUUAUGUAACGAUCAGGGUGGAAAAGCAGAGGGUUGUGUGAUGGAAGGGUACAGGAGAGGGAAAAACACUUCUACAACGUCACCUGUGUGCAGAACCAAAGAGACGUGUGCCAAGUUGUGCUGUGACACCUUUUCUAGCAUUGCACUGCAGUUACCAUGGGCAGGACAUCAAAAGAAUAUGAGCCAUUAUCUGGAGGGGAACACCAGCGCCAACAGUCUCAUGGAACUACUGGACGACUCUGAAGUCACUUCAGACGAAGAGAACUGCCUCACGCAGGACGAGAUCCAGUUGUUUGUGGAUAGCAACAAGUCCUUCUACAACAACCGCCACCAGUACAGACAGCACCUGAAGGAUAAAUUUACCAAGUACUGCCGCGGCGUAGAGUGGUUCGCUGCUGCCACCACCAGUGUCAAUUAAUGAAUUUGCUGCUAUUGCACGACUCUACUGUUAAGUCUUUUUAACACAUGAUUAUUACCACUGCUCUGCGCGUACCGCCUUUAAAACAAAUAGAAAAAAAUCUAAGUACAUUUUGGUCUGGUGUUUAUUUUGUCCCCCACUCUGUGGUUGAAAUAAAUGUGAAUCUUAAUUUCCCCCAUUUGUUCAUCUUCUCUCCAUCUAUCUCUGUCCCUACUGUUCACCUAUCUUGUCACCUCUCCUCAUUCACCUUGUCGCCCCAUCUUUGUUCUCCUCCCUCCCAGCCUGACCAGUUUCUUUCUGGUCUCAUUUUGUAGGGCUGAUGGAUUUAUUUUUUGUAGCACAGUAGAUCUGAUAAUCAAGCUUGCAAGCUGUGACAUUAGGAUUUAAAUGUUGGUAGUCAGUCCUGUGUCGUUUUUUUUUCUCGCAUAUUCCUUUUUGUGUCUCACUUAUUACUCUGACACUUCAUUUUAGUGGAAUAAGUUGCACCAAUAAAUGUGUACAUAAAUGAAAUGAUCUGAAUAUAAAGAUUUUACAGUAAGACAAUGUGUAAGAUUUACUAAAUAAAAAAUAUUUAUUAA